UAAGGGCCAGCUCUGAUAGUGGGUGAUUGCUAUAUAAAGAUGCGCUGUGAUACUGAAUCUUGACUUUGUUGUGUGCAAUAAAAGUUACAGAAAUGAAGUUCUUACUCGCAUUCGCUUUCGUGGCCGUGGCCUCGGCCAUCCCGAUGCCGGCACCAGAAUCCGUCCAACUGCCCGCGGCUGACCAGCCGGAGAUCAUGGAGGCACCAGGCUUCUUCAAGCCUAACAUCGAGCCUGUCUUCAUCGCCCCCGAAGUGGCGGCCGAAUUCUACAAGAGCUUCGAAGUCAACCCUCCCAUGGAAUACGUGCAUGAGCUAGCUUAUGAAGAACCUCAACCAGUCAACUUUGUUGAUGUCGCCGAGAACGCGGAAAGCUUUGUUCCUGUUGGAGACGUCCUACCUAUCGUCUUCAUGGACUCCGCCAUUCCGCCACGUCAACUCCGUGCGCCUCUCUCCGAAGUGGCUGAAGUAGCCGAAGAAAUUGUACCUGUACCCGUGAACUUCGUCGAUGAAACGGAAUCUGUUGCUGCUGAAGAAAUUGCACCUGUACCCGUGAACUUCGUCGAGGAGGAAUCUGUUGCUGCUGAAGAAAUCGCACCUGUACCCGUGAACUUCGUCGAGGAGGAAUCUGUAGCUGCUGAAGAGAUCGCACCUGUACCCGUGACCUUCGUCGAUGACGCGGAAUCUGUCGCUGCUGAAGAAAUUGCACCUGUACCCGUGAACUUCGUUGACGACGCCGAGUCUGUAGCUGCUGAAGAAAUCGCGCCUGUACCCGUGAACUUCGUCGAUGAAACGGAAUCGGUUGCUGCCGAAGAAAUUGCACCUGUACCCGUGAACUUCGUCGAUGACGCGGAAUCGGUUGCUGCCGAAAAAGUCGCACCUGUACCUGCUAACUUAAUCGCUGAGGAAUCUGUUGCUGCUGAAGAAAUCGUCCCAUCGCCAGUCAACUUCGUCAACAACGCCGAAAACGCUGAAGUCAAGCCUGUCGAGGAAUCCGCUGUCGCUGCUGAAAUCCAGCCUGAACCCAUCCGCUUCGUCGACGCUCCUCUGUACGAUAUCGACCAAGAUAUUGCGUCUAUGUUGCGUUAAGUACAACAAAAUUAAAUGCUGAAAAUAGAUAUGUCAUUGGCUGUUUAUAAUAAAAAAAAUAAAAAGAUUUGAUCUAGUCUGAUAAA